GACGGAUGCAUGCUUGCUUGCCUGAACGAACUUAAGCAAAGCUUCUGCUGCAGCUAAACUAACGCACAGAUAGCGCUUACACAGGUGCGGAUAGCGGGGGGAAGAAGGGGACGGGUAUCUUGUCCCAGUCUGGGCCAGCUAAAGAGUAAAUCCACAUUCCGUGGAUUGAACCACAGAGCCAGAAGGACUCAGGAUUUGGAAACGUCAAACCGAUUGCAUCCGCAGUCGAACAGUGACUUAAGCCUGUUUUAAGACCGAUUCAUUUUCUGUGAUUGACCGAGGUAACUCCGAGAAGAAUGCUGCCUGCCUCUUCAGGUGCUGAGGUUCAGUGCAGUGUUACAAUUGAAUACCUCAACACUGCUGGCCAGGCGACCAAGCGCAGAACUAUUCACAAUGCCAUUAUCACCCUCGGACGCAAUGAAUUCCGUGAUAUCCUUGUUCGCGUGCACGACGGCAAGCUGUCGCAAAGCUUUAUCCUGCGUGAAAUCCAACUUUUCACACAGUUUAUUCGGGAUGGGAAGAGUUCCAUCAAAUUGAUUCCAGAUAAUAUUCAGAUCCUAGUUUCGAACUGUCCACCAGAUAAGCUAAAAGUGUUCUUUAAAACUCUUUCCAUCAAAUACGCAGCAGAUAAGAAGGCCAGCAAACCAGUCAGUGAGCGAGCCCGGCUGCGAUCCACGCUCCCCCGGAUAUUUGAUACAAUCAGCCCAGUGCAAGUACAGGACGUGAAAAAGGCAAAUGGGCUUGAAUCGCAUGGAACUGUGCGAACACCAAUUUCAACCAAGGGGCUGAAGGAUCGAAUAAACAGCAUGGGACCAAGCAGGCACACAAAGCGACCCCGGAGCAUCUCAUCGGAAAACUGUCCGGACACCGAGCUAAAGUCUGCCAAAAAGCCCAUCUUGUCGAUGCCGAGUGGACGGAAGCUCUCAAAGGAACAGUCACAUGUCCUUAGCACGAUCCUGAAAGGAAAGAAUAUCUUCUUCACUGGAAGUGCUGGAACUGGAAAAUCUUUUUUACUGAAGAGAAUUGUGGGCGCAUUGCCACCAAAGAGCACCUAUGCCACAGCGAGUACUGGAGUGGCUGCCUGUCACAUUGGAGGAACAACUCUCCAUGCAUUUGCAGGAAUUGGAUCAGGAAAAGCUCCCUUACAACAAUGUGUAGAGCUGGCUCAGAGAUCCGGGAUUAUGAGACACUGGCAAAACUGCAGACAUCUUAUCAUAGAUGAAAUCUCCAUGGUAGAAGGAGAAUUCUUUGACAAACUUGAAGCAGUGGCCAGGAUUGUUCGUAAAUGUGAUGAGCCAUUUGGUGGAAUCCAGCUGAUAGUUUGUGGAGAUUUUCUACAACUUCCUCCUGUGUCCCGAAACAAAGAAAAAUACAAAUUUUGCUUCCAGGCUAAGAGUUGGCAGAAAUGUAUCCAGGUAAAUAUGGAACUAACGGAGGUCCGAAGACAAACUGAUAAAAAGUUCAUUGCAAUAUUGCAGUUUAUUCGUCUUGGGAGAUGUCCAGAAGAAGUUGCUGUCCAGUUGAUCAACACAGCCAACCAAAAAAUUGACCGGGAUGGAAUCUUAGCAACACAGCUAUGCACGCACAAGGAUGAUGUGGAAUUAACUAAUAAGCACAGGCUCCAGCAACUACCAGGGGAAUUGCAUACAUAUCAAGCUAUUGACAGUGAUCCCAUGUUUGUACAAACAUUAAAUGCUCAAUGUCCUGCAGGUCAGACACUGCAGCUGAAGAAAGGGGCACAGGUGAUGCUGACGAGAAAUCUGGACACAGACAAGGGAAUGGUAAAUGGUGCUCGAGGAGUUGUCAUUGGCUUUGAAUCUGGAAACAUACCUCUUCCCCAAGUCAGAUUUUUGUGCGGUGUAAUGGCGACGAUAAAGCCAGAACGUUGGAUGAUUAAAGGUUUAGGUGGAUCCUACCUGACGAGACAUCAGCUGCCUCUGAAGUUAGCCUGGGCCAUCUCCAUUCACAAGAGUCAGGGCAUGUCAUUAGACUGUGUGGAAAUCUCACUGGCACGUGUGUUUGAAAGCGGGCAGGCAUAUGUGGCGCUGUCUCGUGCUCGAAGCUUGGAAGGUCUUCGAGUGAUGGACUUUGACAGGAGAGUGGUCCAUGCUAACACAGACGUCCUGAAUUUUUAUAGCAGAUUAAAAAAGGAAAGGAUCCUGAUGCAGUCUUCACUGGAUGGUUACAUUGAAACUGAAAAUCAGGAAAACGAGAUGCCUGGAAGACUAUAGGGUGUUUCUCAAAGCAAAUCCUAACCUUCACCAUCAUCGUCUGAGAAGCUCCAUUUUGAUCUUGAUCAUUUUAACUUAUGCUGAUAUUACAAAUAUUUUAUAAACACAGGCCUUGUCCUUUUUUUACAUUUUAAAUUAGCAGUCAGGUGUUAUUUAUGGAAUCAAAGCUGAAAUUAGUGUUGUGGAAUGAGAAAUGUCAAUGGCAAUUUUCUAAUCACCAACAA